AUGCGUCCCCUUUUCUGGCUUGCUGCCAUUGGGGCAGUGGUGUCAGCAUUGCCUAGCCAGCGUGCCGCAGAUGACGCCGGAAGUAUUAUUGUGAAGAGGGCAGACGAGAAUGUCCAAUUCGUUGAUGCUACUGGAGGUACUGAAACGCAAAUCGCUCGACCCCCUUCAAAGGAAGACGAGUACAACGUGCUCGAUGACAAUGGAGGGGUCGACGCAUGCCCAGCCCCCUCAGUCGGCAAGCGCCAGACAACCCCAAGGCCAUCUCAAACUCCAGAGAAUAUCGAAAAUACGUUGAGGGAGUUGCAACGCCGUUUACUUCUGCAGCAGACCGUGGGCCGUCGGAGAUAUCCUCAUGUGUUUAACAACUACGAGCAACUUCCGUUUCCAGGGUUUGAAAACACCCGGCUCUACGAGUUCCCCCUUCUGCCAUCAACCGAACCGAUCUAUAAUGGAGGCAGCCCAGGGCCUACUCGAAUAGUUGGUGCACUCGCCAGCGAUGGUACCAUACAGUUGGCCGGGUUUAUCAGACACCCCCCCGGAAACCGUGGAGGGUUCGAACUGUGCCCUGACUCCGCUGCAGUUACUUCUAGUACCACCACCACCACCACUAUCGCCCCGGUUGUUGAUGAUGAAGUGUGUACGGCGGUCCCCCAUACGCAUGAUGAAAACAGACGGUCUAUAAAAACAGAGUCUAAUCUAACCCGACGAGAUGUUUCGGACAUCCUACGUAAACUCUGUCGUUCGAGGCAACGCAUUGAAGCAGGCGCUCAGACUGGAACUAAUGGAGAGGUCUGGUUUUUCAGGGGCGAUGAAUACGUCCGCUACUCGACGAAUGAUGAAAGCAUUCAUUUCCGAAAGAAGAUUUCGGAAGGCUGGCCGGGAUUGAAGGACACUCCAUUCAGCAAAGACAUCGAUGCAGCUGUGAAGACUGGAACCUCGGACGAAUACUGGCUCUUCAAAGGAGACGAGUAUGUUCGGUACUCCAACAGCGAUGAAAGCAUUCAUUUCCGAAAGAAGAUUGUUGAAGGUUGGCCGGGAUUGAAAGGCACGCCAUUCGUCAAAGGCAUUGAUGCAGUGAUAAGAAGCGAAACGAGUGGGGAAAUAUGGUUCUUCAAAGGGGACGAGUAUGUACGCUACUCGACAGAUGAUGAAAGCAUUCAUUUCCGAAAGAAGAUUGUCGAAGGAUGGCCAGGAUUGAAGGACACUCCGUUUGUCCGUGAUAUCGACGCAGCAGUCAAGACUGGAACCAGUGAGGAAUAUUGGUUUUUCAAGGGGAAUGAGUAUGUCCGGUAUUCGACCGACGAUGAACGGAUUCAUUUUCGAAAGACGAUAGCAGCAGGGUGGCCAGGAUUGAAGGAUACUCCCUUCAGCAGGCGGCACCUAAUUACCGAGCCAUGA